UUGAGGUUGAAGGAAAUCCGGUCAAUACAAAGCAAUAAUAGAGUGGUUUAUGUUGGGACUCAAACGUUCAUUUAAUUAAUGAUUUCAUUUACUGUUAAACAUUUCAACCAUUAUAAUAUCAAUGGGACAUGAGAGGAACAUUUCGCGGGCUGUGAAUAACCGGUAACGUCGGAGGUGUGUUUUUGUGUCUCCGCCCACUCCGGAAAACUCUGCGGAGCCGUCGUUAUUUUUUAUUUUCUAAGGUGACGUGGAGUCGGACUUCUCUUUCGAAACUGUCCCCAUGUGUCAACGACAGCACCUGCUGUACCCAGAUACGAUCGCAACGAAUGUAUAAUACGUCGCUGCAUCGAAUCGAGGCCCUGCGAGAUGUUCAGCUGUGGCGUUCAAUCUUUACACUGAGCUCCAGCAUCGGCGCGUACUGGAGCGCGGAGUCGACCGUCGCGGCCUGGAGUCCGAGGAAUUCAGCGGACGAACAGGUUUAGUUUUGGCCACAACAAUCAUACUGGUGGUGCAUCGUUUUCCAGCUUCUCUCACAGAGCCCUUUCGCUGCCUCUGCGAGUCUAGGCUCAACAACGCACCUCUUUUGAACAGAGGUUAUGCAGAGUGGAACAGGUCACCGGCCAGGCGGGUGCCAGAGGACGAUGGGCCUGCACUGCUUCUUGAUCCUGUCCUUAUUCUCAUGCUGGGCCGUGGGCUACAAGCAAGGGGACAACGUGACGCUCUAUGUCAACAAAGUGGGCCCUUAUCACAACCCCCAGGAGACGUAUCACUUCUACACGCUGCCGGUUUGCAGGCCCGAGAAGGUGCACCACAAGUCGCUGAGUCUGGGAGAAGUGUUAGACGGGGACAGGAUGGCAGAGUCGUUAUAUUACAUCCGAUUCAGAGAGAACGUGGAGAAAAAAACCCUCUGCAAGCUCACACUUUCAGAGAAACAGGUGGACGAACUUCGCGAGGCCAUCGAGGAGCUGUUCUACUUUGAAUUCGUCCUGGAGGACAUUCCUAUCUGGGGGUUUGUGGGAUACAUCGAGGAGAGCGGCUUCCUGCCUCACAGCCACAAGGUGGGUCUGUGGACUCACCUCGACUUCAACAUCGAGUACAACGGCGACUCUGUGAUCUUUGCCAAUGUUUCGGUAAAAGACGUCAAACCUGUUCCCCUGGAGGAGGGGGCCGGUGCCGUGGUGGGUGGGGUCGGAGUGGGCGGAGGAGGCCUAACGGUCACCCACACAUACAGCGUGCGCUGGUUCGAGUCCACGCUGCCUCACGCCCGCAGAGCCGAGCGUCUCCGGGACUACUCGUUCUUCCCCAAAACGCUGGAGAUCCACUGGCUCUCCAUCAUCAACUCGCUGGUGCUGGUGGUGCUGCUGCUGGGCUUCGUCAUCAUCAUCCUCAUGCGGGUCCUCAAGAAUGACUUUGCCAGGUACAACGUGGAGGAAGAGGGCGGCUGCGACGAUCUGGACCAGGGAGACAACGGCUGGAAGAUCAUACACACCGAUGUCUUCAGGUUUCCCCCUUACAAAAGCCUGCUGUGUGCCGUGCUGGGAGUGGGAGCUCAGUUCCUAACCCUCGCCACAGGAAUCAUCUUCAUGGCGCUGCUGGGAAUGUUCAAUGUGCACCGCCACGGUUCCAUCAACUCCACAGCGAUCGUCCUGUACGCUCUGACCAGCUGUGUGUCCGGCUACGUGUCCUGCAGCUUCUACACGCAGAUCAACGGCCAGCGCUGGGUGUGGAACAUCAUCCUCACCUCGUCGCUCUUCUCCGCGCCGCUGUUCCUGACGUGGAGCGUUGUGAACUCCAUCCACUGGUGGAGCGGCUCCACCCAGGCUCUGCCGGCCACCACCGUGCUCCUCAUCCUGGGGGCCUGGGUGCUGGUGGGCUUCCCGCUCACGGUCAUCGGCGGCAUUGUGGGAAAGAACCGAGCCGGAAGCUUCCAGGCGCCGUGUCGCACCCGCAACAUCGCCCGGCAGAUCCCGACGCAGCCGUGGUACAAACACACGGUGGUGCACAUGGCCAUCGGCGGCUUCCUGCCGUUCAGUGCCAUCUCCGUGGAGCUGUACUACAUCUUUGCCACAGUUUGGGGCAGAGAGUACUACACCCUGUACGGCAUCCUGCUCUGCGUCUUCGCCAUCCUCCUCUCGGUGGGCGCCUGCAUCUCCGUCGCGCUCACCUACUUCCUGCUGUCUGGCGAGGACUACCGGUGGUGGUGGCGGAGCGUCCUGAGCACCGGCUCCACCGGCCUCUUCAUCUUCGUCUACUCCGUCUUCUAUUACCGUAACCGGUCCUCCAUGAGCGGCCUGGUGCAGAGCACAGAGUUCUUUGGUUACUCUCUGCUCACGGCGAUGGUCUUCUCGCUGAUGCUGGGCAGCGUGUCCUUCUGGGCCUCGCUGGCCUUCAUUCGCUACAUCUACCGUAGCCUGAAGAUGGAUUAGACGUGGAACAUGCUCACAGACAUGCUGAGAUAAAUAAGCACUUCCUCAUAGCACACAAGGACAAUCCUCAUCCUUCUUUCAGUCAUACAAAACACACACCUCUGGUGAAGGAGUACAGGGGCCUUUACCUUUAGACAGGAUUUAACUAGAGCUGUUAGUGAUACGGGAUUGUGGUUGGAUGGGAUUUGUAUUUAAGGAUUAAAUGGGAUAUUUCGGUACAAAGGGAUUGUGUAAUUGUGUCCAUUACGGAGUGGUGGGUUGAAAUGUGUGCGAUGUCAGUGGAUGGAGUCAUUGUUUGAUGUAAUUUAUCAUUUACUGCUCUGAAUCCUACUUCAUGGGCCAUCAAGGCUCAGCAGGAUCUAGCCAUUAUUUCCCCACAUUGCAUCAGUUUCCCAGAGACUGCUGACUCAUACGGUCGUGCAAAUGUUAUUUACUUGGCAUUUAGACUUCCCCCAAACAAUUCAGAUUGACUACAAAUCACGAGUUCUGCACUGGCCCUGUGAAGCAUUAGAGAAUGUUGAUAGUGGCAAUAGUAUCGUUGUACUCAAGAUCACCAUUUAUUCCAAUGUAAUUAUUUUCAAUAAAAUGUCUUUUAAUACAGUAUUCCAUGCAAACAACUAGAUCGAUUUAAUUUUUCCUUGGGUUCUUUAAUACAUGGGUAUUCUACAGCACUUCUUGUACAACUAAUUUAGCACAAAUUGCAUUAAUCAAAAGGGUUUCACUUAAGCUUCUGGGUGUGCCAUCUAUGACCUACAUCACCGGUUGUGAUUUUGUAUUAAACACUUACCGCCGAAAACAAUAACUUUCAUUAAUUAAAAAUAGUAAUUGAAUAGUUGCGAUGGUAGUCUAAAAAAAAGAAAAAAAAAGAAAAAAGAAAA